AAUCAGGUAUAUAAGUAUCGUUAUCUUGGCAAUUGAUAUCAGUUUGAGUUCGUUCAUUCAAGGGCUCACAUCGUCAAUCGAUAGAGAUGCGCGUCUUAUUGUUUCUCGCUAGCUGUUUGGCGUUGACCGUCGUCAGGGCGUCCGAUAAUAAGAAAGUAGUGUGCUACUAUGGUAGCUGGUCGGUCUAUCGUCCGGGAAAUGGUAAAUUUGAAAUCAGUGACAUCGACCCCACCGUCUGCACCCACCUGAUCUACACCUUCGUGGGCAUCGAAAGUGACAAGGUGAAGGUUCUCGAUCCUUGGCAAGAUCUUCCCGACGAAUGGGGCAGGGAUGGUUUCGGACGUUUCAAUGCCCUGCGUAAGAAGAACCCUUCAGUGAAGACGCUGAUAGCCAUCGGUGGAUGGAAUGAGGGCUCAUCAACGUACUCCCAGAUGGCAUCUAAACCAGAAUCACGUGAAAAAUUCGCCGAUGAUGUCGUUAAAUUCGUCAGAAAAUGGGGCUUUGACGGUUUCGACGUCGACUGGGAGUAUCCAGCACAGCGUGGAGGGGCUCCCCAGGACCGCAAAAAUUAUGUGGAGCUCCUGAAGGUCUUGAGGUCACGUUUUGAUAAAGAAGGACUGAUUUUGACUGCUGCUGUGGCUGCUGCAGAGUCGUCUGCAUCAAAGUCAUUUAAUAUUCCUGAGAUGAGCAAGUAUUUGGACUUUAUCAACAUCAUGGCUUAUGAUCUCCAUGGUGCCUGGGAUGCUGUCACUGGCCUCAAUGCACCCCUUCAGUCUGCCUCCUCCGACUCUGCAGUGGAUAAGAAAUUCACUGUUCAAGCUGCAGUCAAGUACUGGUUGCAACAAGGUGCCCCUAGGGAGAAACUGGUCCUCGGAAUGCCACUCUAUGGACGUGCCUUCAAACUGGCGAAUCCGUCGCAGAACCAAGUUGGAUCUCUAGCUCGUGGUGCUGGUGUUGCUGGACCUUACACUCGUGAGCCUGGAAUGUUGGGAUACAAUGAGAUCUGUGAGAUGCACGCACAUGGGGGCUGGAGGGUUGUUUACGAUGAAGAACGUCGGGCACCCUAUACCACUAAGGGAGAUCAAUGGGUCGGAUACGAUAAUGUCAGAUCAAUCCGAGAAAAGGCAGAGCUCGUCAGAGACUUGGAUUUAGCUGGUGCCAUGGUCUGGAGUAUAGAAACCGACGAUUUCAGGGGAAUUUGCGGUGAAAAAUACCCUCUCCUGAAGACCAUCAACGCAGUCCUUCGAAAUGGCAAACCAGUCCCUGAAGAGUCCAGUCCGUCACCAAACCCGGACAUCCCAGAUGUCACAGAGGCACCCACCGCAGUCGCCCCAACCUCCAGCCCAGGUCUUUGUACUCAAGUAGGAAAUAUCCCUGAUCCAAACUCCUGCGGGUUCAUUACCUGCAUCCUGAAUGUUGAUGGUAAAUACGAACAACACCUCAUGCAGUGCGCCCCUGGCCUUUGCUUCAAGCCAUCCAGCGGUGUCUGUGACUGGGCGUAAAGGCAUUCACGCAUUCUUCAGUCAAUUGUGAUUGACUAUCUAUUAUUGUCUCGAUGAUCUACUAUGUUAGAGAGAUGUUAGUUAUUGUAAUAGAACAUGAAAUAUGUACUACAAAAAAAUAUCUGUAUCGUUUUCAGUUAUUAUAGUGAUGGUACAGUGGAAUUGCAAAUUUUA